AUGGCAUCAAGAAGACAUAAAUUUUUCAAUGAAACAGAUUUAAAAAUAUAUAUCAUAGGCGAUGAAGAUUCUGUAGUAGGUUUUUUAUUGGCAGGAAUUGGUUUUCGUGAUGGAUUAGGAAAAAAAAAUUUUUUCAUUGUAAAUUCAAAAACAAAUAAAACAGAAAUUGAAGAUGUUUUCAAAGAAUAUACAUCAAAACAUGAUUGUGGUGUAAUCUUAAUGAAUCAACAAAUAGCUGAUGAAAUUAGAUAUUUGGUUGAUUUACAUGAUAAAAUUUUACCAACAAUUUUAGAAAUACCAUCAAAAGAUAAACCAUUUGAUCCUAAUAAAGAUUCAAUUAUACAAAGAGUAAAACUUUUUUUUGGAGGAGAUAUUUCACAUUUAUAA